GGACACAGAAACUGGAUGCAGUCAGACCUGGCUGUUCAGAGAGAAACUGCCAGCAAGGCGAAGAGGAAGAUGGCGGCGCGCGGCGGGCUGAAACGUGGUUCGGAUGAUAUUGACGAAUAUGACCCGAAACCGGCCAAACAUCUUCGGACUCUGCAUGAUAGGAUGACUGAAAAGCGGUUAGUGGUAAUCCUGGAAGGAGCGACUCUGGAAACAGUCAAGGUGGGGAAGACGUUCGAGCUGCUGAACUGCGACAAACACAAGAGCAUGAUCAUCAAGAGCGGAAGGGAACCGGGACGGGUGAGGCCAGACAUCACGCACCAGUCUCUAUUGAUGUUGAUGGACAGUCCUCUGAACCGAGCAGGCCUCCUCCAGGUUUUUGUCCACACGGAGAAGAAUGCCCUGAUCGAGAUCAACCCCCAGACCCGCAUCCCUCGCACCUUUGACCGCUUCUGCGGGCUCAUGGUCCAGCUGCUGCACAAGCUCAGCGUCCGGGCGGCCGACGGCCCCCAGAAGCUCCUGCGGCUCAUCAGGAACCCCGUGUCCGACCACCUGCCGCCCGGCUGCCCCCGGAUUGGCACCUCCUUCUCCGCCCAGGGGACGGCCCUGUCCCCCCGCGCCCUCGUCCCGGCCGAGGGCCCCGCGGCGUUGGUCAUCGGCGCCUUCGCACACGGAGCGAUCAAUGUCGAUUACACGGAGAAGACCGUUUCGAUCAGCAACUACCCGCUGUCCGCUGCUCUCACCUGCGCCAAGAUCUGCACCGCCUUCGAGGAGGUGUGGGGUGUGGUCUGACCUGCGACCUCCUCUUGGACGGGAUUGGACUGGAGAGGACGGCUUCGACCAGUCAGCUGCCAGGACUGGUGCCGUAGGGUUAUUUUUCCUCACAGCCUAGUUUGAGGGACGCCGAGCUGUCUCAUGGGACACUGUGGGAAUACAGCGAGGAGGUACUGGCCCAGUCCCUUUUCACUGUCCCUCACUCGCUGUGCUCUGUCAGCUCUGAGAGUGACCUGUUUAACACGGAGAGAUGUUGGCAGCCAAUCAGCAUUCUUUGCGUCGGUAUUCUGCCCGGUAACUAUAAUCCCCUCACCCUCAUCCUCAUUCUGAUUGGACUGUUUGACAGUCCCCAUGACCAUCAGGUUUUUAUCCGUAUUCCAGCAAUAUCGGUUGAUUGUUUACCCCAUUCUCUUUUCAAAAUAAUUUGACCAGUGUACAAACCUGUGUUUUGUAGUACAUGAAAUGCUGUGUUCUUACAAUAAAUCUGUAUUCUGUA